AUAAAAACGAAUGAAAAAUAAAGUAGAUUCAGUUAGAUGUUUUGUUAUUGAGAGUCAUGAUGCCCUCACAGAGAGCUCGCUAUGGAUGCGAAGCAGCUCGAAACACUAAAUGGAGAAUGGCAGUUCCUCCUGUCCCUUUGUUGAAGCGUGCUGGUGGGGCACCCCAACCUUGGCCCAUUCAGCUCCACCUUGCGGCACAUGUCCACAGGUCCCACUUCCCCCCUCCUCCUCCCCUCCCUCUCUUCCACACCCGCCAUGCAGAAGAGAGCGCAGAGAGGCCCCAUCUGGUCACCAUCAUACGGCCCUGUGGUCAAAGUACUCUGCGCAAGGUAACAGUCCUGUUGAACCGCAGAGGUGUGGUGUCCUUCGAGCAACUGCUAUUGGAUAUCUCUGAGGCGUUGGGGUUUCCUCGUUGGCACAGAGCCAGAGUCACACGCCUUUACACAACCCACGCACGAGAGGUGAAAGGUAUAUGUGAUUUCUUCCGAGGCGAAGUGGCUUUUCUGGCCCUAGGGAAGGUUCGUCCAGAGCUAAGCGGUGUGCAGGAGGCUCUGGAGGAAUUGUUUCCAGAACAAUCUCAUUACCGGGCUGACGCACUACGGGCCUGGGAGAAAAGACUUCGACCAGCGCCAGAUAAAGCUGCUAAAGCCGACAGUGGAUACAGUGAAGGGACAGACAGCAGUGAGACACACACUGACCAAGAGGCACACCAGGACACAGAUGCACAUCAUGUCAAAAAUCACAAUAACACACACACAAGUACACAGCAUAUAGAUGCACACCAGCUCGCCAAUUACAACCCAGACGUUCAGAAGUGUCACAAAAAGAAUUCAUGCAGAAAACCUUCUCACCUGCCAAACCACCUGCAGAGACUGCGCGUGAGGGGCGAGUCCAGAGAGCGGCUGACGUCUGUCAUUGGUCCCUUUAAACACGAUGAGGCUCUUAGAGAAGAAGAGAUACCUUUUCCUACUCUAUGUGAAGAAUGCUUAACAAGAAGAGCUAAACGUCAGGGUCCAGAGCGGCUCACUCCCCUGUCAGGGAGGGUCCCACUUCCUCCUGUGUUGAGGAAGCAAAAAGGAAGUUCUUAUGCAGAUCAGGAAGUUAGAAAGUUGAAUGUUCACAACAGCCCUCCGCCUCCUCAGCCAAUCAGCAGAGAAGAGGAGAAGAGCGUUGCCCAAUUAGUCUCAAAUCAACUCCCAGAUGAGGAUCAAAUACACAAGGACAUACAGAGGAGGCCGACCUUUGACCUUUCAUCAGACGGAAGUGAUGUCACUCUGGCAGAUAUCGAGCGUUGCUAUGAAAUUGGACGUGCCGUUGGAGAUGGUAACUUCGCUGUAGUGCGAGAGUGCCGCCGCCGUGACAAUGGACAAAUCCUUGCUGUGAAGAUUGUUGAACGCUCUAAGCUGAUUGGUCGAGAGCACAUGAUGCAGAACGAGCUGAGCCUUCUGGGUAGCCUCCGUCACCCUCGCAUAGUACGGCUGUUUGCGCACCACCACACGCACACUCACUCGUACCUGUUGAUGGAGAUGGUGAGCGGGGGGGAUCUGUUUGAGGCCAUCAGUGAGAGGGGGACAUUUCCAGAGGCCGAAACAGGACUGAUGGUGUCAGACGUGAGCGGAGCACUGAACUACAUCCACUGCAAGAGCAUCGUCCACCGAGACCUCAAACCAGAAAACCUUCUGAUAGAGCGUGUGGCUUCUGGCAUCUGUAGGCUGAAGCUGGGAGACUUUGGUCUCGCCAUGGUUGUGACUGAACCAGUGUUCACCAUAUGUGGCACACCCACGUAUGUAGCCCCAGAGAUCCUCUGUGAGACAGGUUAUGGUGUUGCAGUGGAUGUUUGGGCUCUGGGUGUUAUCCUCUACGUCCUGCUGUGUGGAUUUCCCCCAUUUCGCAGUCGGGAUCGAGACCAGGAAGAGUUGUUCCAGCUGAUAAAACAGGGACAACUCCACUUCCUGCCCCCCUACUGGGACCCCAUCUCAGAAGAAGCCAAAGGCCUUGUCCGAGCUCUGCUUCAGCCAGACCCCGCAGUGAGGCUGACAGCCGAGCAGACCCUGCUGCACCCCUGGGUGAAGGCUAUGGCUUCAGGUUGCAGGCAGAGGGCGCUCGUAGACAAAACUCAGAGGGACACAACAGAUGCUGGAGCAGAACCAGACAAGCCCAGACAAGUCCAGAGACAAGCCCAGACCAAUGCAGCAGAAACAAUGACACCGAGAGGACACAUCAGCAGCGGGGGAGAAGCCACACAUACAGAGUUCAGCAGGCAUGAUGAUAAACAAACAGAGAUAAGAUUGGGAGGAGGCCUUGAAGACAAAACACCACGGCAACCAUCAAAAAAGACAAGUACAGUUUGCACCAUAUCUCCACAGAUACAAGCGCACACACUUCCAGAGGCCACACCUGGUGAACAGAAACCAGACUCUGGCUCUUCUAGCACACCAGAAACACAGGAUCCAUCAGAAUCUCUGUCUCCAGUUAGCACCAGUGUUGACUUAAACCAGCUCGAUGCCCCCCGAGCCCAAGAUAAGCUUUCAUCCCAUAUAAAGACACCCUCUAAACAAAAACAACAGUAUUCACCUCCAUGUUCACCACCUUCCACCAAAACAGCUCAACAAACUCCCACCGGUCUUUCAACCCAUCCCCACCCAUCCUCCGAUCCAGCAGCGGUGUCUCACUCUCUACAUCAGCAGAACUUCACCUCUUCAAUGCACAACCCCACCACAGCCAGCGCACACCACCCAGCUGAAAACUACGACAAACCGAUUGUUCGCACCACCAACACCCAGCCAGCCGCGCAGUCUGGGCCUCAAUGUCAAUCUCCUGCUUAACCAUGUGAUUAGAUCAGGAUCAUCACUUUCAUUGUGCCGGACAAUACCGCUGAUUUCCUGGCAGCUGAAUCCUUGAAUGACCUGCAGAUGAUGUGAUUUACUCUGCUGGGAUUGAUGAGGGUCUGAUUGACGAGGCUAGA